AUGAAUGAUCUUUUCUCCCACUCAUUCAAACGAUACCAGGACCUUAAACAACAGGCCUAUGCCGAUGACAUGGAGGCCGGUGGAGGGAAUGGAAAUGAGACCAUUGAUCUUGACAAAUUUUUUGAAGAUGUCGAGAAUGUCAAGGAAGAUAUGAGAAAUGUUGAGAAACUCUACAAAAGGCUGCAAGAAUCGAACGAAGAGAGCAAAACGGUUCACAAUGCAAAAACCAUGAAACAGCUGAGAUCCCGGAUGGAUUCAGACGUCGAACAGGUUUUGAAACGGGUUAAGAUCAUCAAAGGGAAGCUUGAGGCGCUCGAACGAUCCAAUGCAGCUCACAGGAAGACUCCAGGGUGUGGUCCAGGCUCGUCUGCUGAUCGAACACGAACCUCAGUAGUGAGUGGAUUAGGGAAGAAGCUGAAGACAAUGAUGGAUGAUUUUCAAGGGUUAAGGACUAAUAUGAAUGCUGAAUACAAGGAAACAGUGGGGCGAAGAUAUUUCACUGUAACGGGUGAGAAGGCGAAUGAUGAAUUGAUUGAAGAUUUGAUUUCGAGUGGUGAGAGUGAAACAUUCCUUCAAAAGGCGAUUCAGGAACAGGGUCGCGGUCAGAUUAUGGAUACGAUUUCAGAAAUUCAAGAGAGGCAUGAUGCUGUGAAGGAGAUUGAGAAGAAUUUGAUUGAACUUCAUCAGAUUUUUUUAGACAUGGCUGCACUUGUGGAGGCACAGGGGCAGCAAUUGAAUAACAUAGAGACUCAUGUGGCACAUGCUAGUUCUUUCGUUAGACGAGGGACUGAACAGCUCCAAGAAGCAAAGGAGUAUCAGAAGAGCUCGAGGAAAUACUCUGAAAAGGCGAUAGUUCGAUUUUCUCUCUCAUCCAUGGCUUCUUCCUGGGCAGCGAAAACGGCUCGUCAAGCCGUAGCCCUAGCUCGGCUCUCCUCUCCUAGAUCAUCAGCUCAAGCCCUAAUUCAGCGCCGUGGCCUUGCUGGUGCUGCAGAUCCCCAUGGACCUCCAAAAGUUAACUGUUGGCAAGACCCAAUGAGUCCAUCUAAAUGGAAGGAAGAGCAUGAUAAAGUGAGAAUUUUGGAGUUUCACAUGAAUUUUGAGCAUCAUUUCAGUUAA